UUGGGGUGCCUUGCUGUGGGUUAUCCUUGAAGUAUGAAAUUGUGUUGCAAAAAUGUAAAUAUCUGGAGGAUUUUUAAUGUAUUUGAAGUUUUGCUGUUGUGGAUAUUUCUCCCAUAGCAACUUUCUGCCCUUCAGGUUACACAGCAAGACCUGUCAUCCCAGCAAAGAAGGCGGAGCUGAUAUCUGUUGCCAGGGCGAUGAACGAUGACUUUGCAGGGAAGGUGAAAACCCUCUUUGAUCCAGAAAGAGAAGCUGCACUAGCUGCUAUAACAACAGGAGUCUACAUUGGAUGGAGGUGUCCAGAGUUCACUUGGGACUGUAUUAGAGUUGGGGACAUGUCCAAGUGCUUCUGUGGUCACCUACUCAAUCAGCAUGCACAAUACACUGGUAAGAGUGUAAAAGUCAAGUGUGCAAUGGGGGGCUGUGAGUGCAAAGCUUUUGCGUUUGUUCCUGGCCGUCCUGAGGACGUGGGUGAGUUCUGGUUCCAGCGUCGGCGGGAUUUUGAUCCCAGCACAUGGAGAGCAAAGUGUCGCUGCAAACACCCCCAUGAUCAACAUGCUCCCAAUGCUUACAAGCCAUGCAAGGCAAAAGGUUGUCGCUGCAGCCAGUUUGAGUCCAAUUUCCUGUGUGCAGCAUGUGACCGUCACUGGGAGGACCACGAGACAUUCUUUGAGACUGAAGACAUGAGGAGACAGGCAGGGAUCCCUUGUGGUCAGGAAUACUUGCCUUUUGCAGAGAUGCCUGACCUUCGAAACAUUGUGCUUACAGGGAAAGAAGACGAUGACAGCCCUUACAGAGCACUUACAGAAGGAGAGGGAGCCAUCCCAAGAGCACUGCCCUUUGACAACAACACCCCUGUACAGUUUGGUGGGCAGAAAAAACCUGGCUUCAAACCAGUUUAUGAUUAACUCCUCAAUGCAAAGGACACUGAUUGUACCAGUGGUUCCUUUAAAGUUGUGAAAGAUGUUAUAUGUGGUAGGAUAUUCUAAAGGAAUCCUUGGGACCAACUCUCAAAUACAAAUGUAUGUAUUGCAUGCAGUUUUACUUGCACACUGUAUGUAUAAUCAUUCUUUUUGUUGAAAUGAAGUAAUUUGGCUUCCAUGCCACAAUGUAAUUUUUUUAAAGCUUGUAUUUUCCUACAGUUUGAAAUUUUAGCAUACUUUUGUCAUACUCUUUGGACCAAUCAUGGCCCCACAGGAGUUCAUGAAAUUUUAUGUACUAGUAGUAAAUUUUUCAAUGAUGAUUCCAUGUACAAUAGUCUUCUACUCAUAUGUAUGACCUUUUUCACCAGUAUGUUGCAUUUUAAGAUAUUCUAAUGUACAGGCAUACAUCCUAUUUCUAGCAACAUUGCAAGUCAUUUGCUGUUUAUGAAUAAACAGAUAUAAAUGCUAGAUAAAAGAGCAUUUAAUUUGGUAAU